CUACACUCCCCCCUACCAUUUCUCUCUCUCUCUCUCUCUCUCUCUCUCUCUCUUACCCUGCAAAAACUCUCUUCUUUCUCACUCUAAAAAUGCCUCAAAUCUUACCAGACUUCUCCUCCUCCGUGAAGCUUAAGUACGUCAAACUCGGCUACCAAUAUCUCAUCAACCACCUCCUCACCUUUCUCCUCAUCCCCAUCAUGCUCUCUCUCCUCACCCACCUCCUCCACUUAGGUCCCCACGAACUCCUCGCCAUCUGGCGAUCUCUCCACUUGGAUCUCCUCCAAAUCCUCUCCUCCUCCUUCCUCGUCAUCUUCAUCGCCACUCUCUACUUCAUGUCAAAACCUCGCUCCAUCUUCCUCGUUGACUACUCCUGCUACAACCCCCCCGUCACGUGCCGAGUCCCUUUCGGUACUUUCAUGGAACACUCCCGACUCAUCCUCAAAGACAGCCCCAAAAGCGUCGAUUUCCAGAUGCGCAUUCUAGAACGUUCCGGACUCGGCGAGGAGACCUGUUUGCCUCCGGCGGUUCACUACAUUCCUCCCAAUCCCACCAUGGAAGCUUCUAGAGGCGAAGCUCAACUCGUUAUAUUCUCCGCCGUCGAUUCGCUCAUAAAGAAGACCGGAAUCAAGCCCAAAGACAUCGAUAUCCUCAUCGUGAAUUGCAGCCUGUUCUCGCCCACUCCCUCAUUGUCGGCCAUGGUGGUGAACAAGUACAAGCUGAGGAGCAAUGUCAAAAGCUUUAAUUUGUCUGGUAUGGGAUGUAGUGCCGGUUUAAUCUCGAUCGAUUUGGCUAGAGAUUUACUUCAAGUUCAUCAAAGUUCAUACGCUCUGGUAAUUAGCACGGAAAUCAUUACCCCUAACUACUAUCAAGGUCAGGAGAGGGCUAUGCUGUUACCGAAUUGCUUGUUUCGAAUGGGAGGAGCAGCGAUUCUGUUGUCGAACAAUCGAAUCGAGAAGAAUCGGGCCAAGUACAAGUUAGUUCACGUGGUUCGAACUCAUAAAGGCGGAGACGAUAAGUCGUACCAGUGCGUUUACGAAGAAGAAGAUCCGCAAGGAAAAGUCGGAAUUAGGCUCUCCAAGGACCUCAUGGUUAUCGCUGGAGAAGCUCUGAAAUCGAACAUAACGACAAUCGGACCGUUAGUCCUUCCGGCUUCCGAGCAACUCCUCUUCCUCUUCACUCUCAUCGGCCGCAAAAUCUUCAACCCUAAAUGGAAACCUUACAUUCCUGAUUUCAAGCAAGCGUUCGAACACUUCUGUAUUCAUGCAGGCGGGAGAGCGGUGAUCGAUGAGCUCCAGAAGAAUCUGCAGCUAUCGGCGCAGCAUGUGGAGGCGUCGAGGAUGACUUUGCAUCGAUUUGGAAACACGUCGUCGUCUUCGCUGUGGUAUGAACUGAACUAUAUUGAAGCCAAAGGGAGGAUGAAGAAAGGGGAUAGAGUUUGGCAGAUUGCGUUUGGAAGUGGGUUUAAGUGUAACAGUGCGGUUUGGAAGUGUAAUCGGACUGUUAAAACACCAGCUCAUGAUAGUCCUUGGCGAGACUGCAUCGAUAGGUAUCCCGUGCAUAUUCCAGAGAUUGUCAACCUGUAAUUUUAGUAUUCUACUAUUAAUAAUUGUUGAUGCUGCUGUUAAUUGUUGUGUAUUGUUUGUUAAUAUAUAUAUAUAUAUAUAUGUGUGUGUGUGUGUGUGUGUGUUUAUAUUAUUUAAUUUUUUUUUUUUGAGGUUCGAAAUGUUUCUGCAAAAGUUAUUGCAGUGCAUUAGUUAUGCUGCUUGUCAUCAAAGUUGUAAUUUUUUCUUUGAUUUCAUGAGAUUAAUUAUAUGAUAUAAGUGUUGUGUAAAUUAU